GAUCUCUCAUGACUCCGUGACAGUCUGCAGUGUGAUGUCGCUCCACCACACCUACAGAAGACGUCCCUCCAGCGCCAGUCCUGCACGGCAGCGGUGCAGCUCACUACUCACGAUGCUCCGAUGUGAGAAUUCAGAUUCCGGAGUGUUUCGAGUCAGUAUCUUCAAAAACGAACUAAUUACACGGCUAUCUUGAGGUCGUUCACGUAUGUGACGUCAUUACCAAACCCAGGGGCCUCAUUAUGGAAACUUCCUGAGUCUGAAACCCACCGGAUCCCCGUUCAGGGCAGUUAGGACUUCUGGUAUUACAGAAACAUGUUUCCUAACUGAAUUAGGACUUCUGGUAUUACAGAAACAUGUUUCAUAACUGCAUUAGACUUCUGGUAUUACAGAAACAUGAUUCCUAACUGCAUUAGACUUCUGGUAUUACAGAAACAUGUUUCAUAACUGCAUUUAGGAAAAAAUCCUAUCUCAUCUUAGUUUAGUAAUAUAGAACCAUUGUAAUUUCCCAAAAAUGACAGCAGCACUAUUGUUUGGUCUGUAGUAAUGAAGAUGAGGAACGUGAACACAGAAAUAGAACACAUCUAUGAGGAAUUGCUUCUGUAAUAGGACAAUAGGAUUUUUCCUUUAUUUGAAAUGUAAGUUAAAACAGGACAAGCAGUUAAGAUAUUUUUCUGUCAUGAAGCUACAAGAUUUCCUCUCACCUGGACAAGAUAAAUACAUACAAAGAACAAUAUGGUUGCUAAGGUUGCCAUAUGAGAUUUUGGAAGACAAACCUUUUGAUGGCAUCUGGCAGAACUUCAAGGACCUCUCUAGAGUGCAAGAAUGAAAAUAAGAUGCGCCCCCUUACAUAAACUGAGACGCAAAUGUUACCUGCUCUCCGUGUCUCUGCUGGCUCUGUGCCUGCUGAAGCUGGUCUACAUCAAGGUGUCUGUGAGGAACCACUUCUACAUCGAGCCUUAUGGGAUCACCGCCAGUGCAUACAGGAUCAAAACCCACAGGUACAACAUCAACUGCAGGGCCAUAUACAACCUGGACCCUGUUGAGAUUGGCAAGUCCCUGGAGAUACGGAGGAAGGUGAUCGUGGACUUGGAGGACGACAGCGUCGUGUCUCUGACCGCAGACUGUGAGAGGUAUGUUGAGGCCAGAGGAUAUGACCUCAUGUCGGUCUCUGAGGAGGAGAGAACUUUCCCGCUGGCGUACUCGCUGGUGGUCCACAAGAACGCUCCCAUGGUGGAGCGCAUCCUGCGAGCCAUCUACACACCUCACAACGUCUACUGCAUCCACUACGACCAGAAGUCCUCCCUGCCCUUCAUCACAGCCAUGAACAACCUGGCUCUCUGCCUCCCCAAUGUUUUCAUCGCCUCCAGGCUGGAGACCGUGCUUUACGCCCACAUCACACGGCUCAACGCCGACCUCAACUGCCUGUCCGAUCUGCUGGCUUCAGAGGUCGGCUGGAAGUACGUCAUCAACCUGUGCGGCCAGGACUUCCCGCUCCGGGGGAACAGGGAGCUGGUGAGGGAGCUCCGGGCGCUGAACGGCAGCAGCAUGUUGGAGUCCAGCCGGCCCAGCCAACUGAAGAAGCAGCGCUUCCUGUUCCAGCAUGAGCUGAAGGACGUCCCGUACGAGUACCGCCGUCUCCCGGUCAGGACCGGCCGGCCCAAGGCCCCGCCGCCGCACGCACUGCAGGUGUUCAGCGGGAGCGCCUACUUCGUCCUGCCUCGUGACUUUGUCAGCUUUGUGGGCAGCAGUCCCGUGGCGCGGGACUUCCUGGCGUGGUCCGCAGACACGUACUCCCCAGACGAGCACUUCUGGGCCUCGCUGGUGCGCGUGCCAGGUGUGCCGGGAGGGAUCCCCCCGACCGCCCCCGACGUGACUGACCUGCAGAGCCGGACACGCCUGGUGAAGUGGAACUACCUGGAGGGCUCGCUGUACCCGCCCUGCUCCGGCGCACACAUGAGGAGCGUCUGCAUCUACGGGGCGGCUGAGCUACGCUGGCUGCUCAACUACGGACACUGGUUUGCCAACAAGUUUGAUCCCAAAGUGGACCCGGUGCUGAUCAAGUGCUUGGAGGAGACACUGGAAGAGAAGAGGCAGCACAGUAGGAACUUGGUGAAUGAGGAGAAAUAAGUAUUGGGAGUGGUCCUGUUGUGUGUUUGCGGAAUGAGGAGUGGUCCUGUUGUGUGUUUGGGGAGCUCAUACUAAGAGGGCAGGAUGAAGCUCUUUCCUACAGCUACGUUCUGUCUUCUUUGUGACUGAAUCCUUCAGGAGACAGAACCUUCAGGAGACAGAACCUUCCUGUGCUUCUCUGAUGAGUGCCUGUGUCUGCUGUACAACACAGAGUUAUGCAACAAUAAUGCCUAUCACAAGGAGAAAUGCCAUCUUUGAAAAGUGUCUUGACUUGAAUUUACAGCCAUUCCUUUGUCCAUGUGCUGUGAUCUCUCUGUCCUUCUUGCAGCACCAAAGAACCCUCCACUUUCCAGACCAAUCACAGACACACACAAACCCAACGGUUUGGAAACAUUGACAAAUAUCAAUGUUUUAUUUUAUAAUGUAUGCAGUGAAGCUGAACAAAGGGGAGCAACUGUGUUAUCUUUAUUUUAUUUAUUUCUUAAUAAAAAUAUGAUCUAAUGUAA